AUGGCUUUUAGUGCAGUUCAGUAUAUUAUGUUUGUUUAUAGUAAGUUAUCGAUUAAAAAAAGUGUGAGUUUCUGGUUUGACAAUUUAUUUGUUAAUUAUAAUAGAAGCUUUUAUAGGGGUAAUUCCUAUUUGAGGCCCUGUUAUUGUGAUGUGAAUUUGAAGAGGGAAGAACUUCUAUUUUAUAUUGUCAUGGGGAUUAUGAUAAAAUUUGUUUUGGUCCCGAUUAUUGAAAUAAAGAUUUUUAUAACUUUAGGUGAUCCAGAAAUGUUUAUUGAGGCCAACCCUAUAAUAAGACCGGUGCACAUUGUACCAGAGUGA